UAUAAACGUUGCGUAGGCCUCAGUGGGUCAUGAGUUCUUACUGGAGUUUCGCAGAGCCAAAUUCAAACUAAGACUAGAUCCAAUAAUCAGCUGCCUCAAUAUGCAUAGAAUGUUGCUCUACACCUUGGUUAUCGUUGCCCUUGCUUUGGUUCAGGCCUGCCAAAUCCAUCAUAAUCUGACAUUUCCUGCUGCGCUCAAAGUUUCCGACUGUUCUGGCCACCAAAUCAGAUUUCUUAAUCGGAGUUUGACAAGGGAUCUGCCCACAUUAACCUCAGGCAUCUAUAUGUCUCCUCGGCUUGAACUUUGCUUUUAUGGCAAACCUUUUACGUUAGGCCACUAACCAUGCAUUGUUGUUGCUCUUGUUAUUGCUUAAAUAAAUUG